AUGACCUGGAGCGCCACCGCCCGGGGCGCCCACCAGCCCGACAACACCGCGUUCACGCAGCAGCGCCUCCCCGCCUGGCACCCGCUGCUGUCGGCCAGCAUCGCGCUGCCGCUCUUCUUCUGCGCCGGCCUGGCCUUCAUCGGCCUGGGCCUGGGCCUCUAUUACUCCUCCAACGGCAUCAAGGAGCUCGCGUACGACUACACCGGCGACCGGGGUACCGGCAACUGCUCGGUGUGCGCCACGGCCGGCCAGGACCGCGCGCCGCCGCCCCCCUGCUCGUGCGCCUGGUACUUCUCGCUGCCCGAGCUCUUCCAGGGCCCCGUGUACCUCUACUACGAGCUGACCAAUUUCUACCAGAACAACCGGCGCUACGGCGUGUCCCGCGACGACUCGCAGCUGAGCGGGCUGCCGGGCUCGCUGCGCCACCCGGUCAACGAGUGCGCCCCCUACCAGUACAGCGCGGCCGGCCUGCCCAUCGCGCCCUGCGGCGCCAUCGCCAACAGCCUCUUCAACGACUCCUUCUCGCUGUGGCACCAGCGCCAGCCCAACGGGCCCUACGUCGAGGUGCCGCUCGACCGCACCGGCAUCGCUUGGUGGACCGACUACCACGUCAAGUUCCGCAACCCGCCGCUGGUGAACGGCAGCCUGGCGCUGGCCUUCCGGGGCACCGCGCCCCCGCCCAACUGGCACCGGCCAGUCUACGAGCUGAGCCCCGACCCCAACAACACCGGCUUCAUCAACCAGGACUUCGUGGUGUGGAUGCGCACCGCUGCGCUGCCCACGUUCCGCAAGCUGUACGCGCGCAUCCGCCAGGGCAACUACUCGGCCGGGCUGCCGCGGGGCGCCUACCGCGUCAACAUCACCUACAACUACCCGGUGCGCGCCUUCAGCGGCCACAAACGCCUCAUCUUCAGCAGCAUCUCGUGGAUGGGCGGCAAGAAUCCAUUCCUGGGCUUCGCCUACCUGCUGGUCGGCUCCCUCUGCAUCUUCGUGGGCUUUGUCAUGCUGGUCGUCUACAUUCGCUACCAGGACCAGAACGACGACGAGGAGGACGACGAGUGA